AUGAGCAUUCCAGACAACGAAACUGCCAAAAACACCUUCCCCGGCGAGACCGACCAGCAAAAGAAACAGUCCUACGUCUCCUGGAUCAAGGACUUUUACAACACUCAGUACGAGAGUUGGAUGCCCUGGAUCGAGGACCAGUAUUUGAGGUGGUUUGGGAGGGGGGAUAAUAAGGCUUCUUAUGCGACGAAGGGUGAGCUUCGGCUCUUUAUCCGAACGCUCGCAAGUAUUAACCUCGACUACGGCGGGUAG